UUCCAAGCAGAGGGAACAAACCAGCAACCCACCUCAAGAAAUCAAAGACCCAAGAUCAGGACUCUGAAAUCUCUUGACGCUUUGAGAGAGUUUCAGACCCAAAACUAAAACAAAGAAACCAAAAAGAAAAGAAAAAUGGGGUUCUUCACUCUCGCCAUAGGAGGCCUUGGUUUCAUCUUCAUCGGCGCAUGGCAAGCCUUCACCUUCUCUACCCCAAAACCAAAUCAAAUCUCUCUUCCAUCUUCUCCUCUCACACACUCAUCUUCCAAGCCAAGCCCAUCUCCUUCUUCUUCUUCUUCGUCGUCUUUAUCUUUCCUCUGCAUCUCAGUCUUCUCCUUCCUCUUCAUCCUCAACUCGCUCUUCUCCUUCAUCGACGCCCUCAAGUCACGCGACCGAGUCGGCACAGCCCUCCAAUUGCAGGUCCUCGCCAUCGCCGCCCUCUUCUUGCUAUACGGCGUCGCCGGACUCCUCGUAAAUUCCGCCAAUUCCUUCUCUUUGCCUUCUUCGCUUCUCGAUUCGAUCCUUCUCUUCGCUUUCAUCGAAGAGUUUCUGCUGUAUUACCUCCAAAGAAAGGACCAAAGCGGAAUCGAGAAUCAGUACUUCGAUCUCUUGCUCGUCCCCAUUGCUGUUUGCGUGAUUUCCACGAUUCUCGACCUGAAAUCCCCCCAGAAUUCGAACUUUCCCAAAUUCUUUCGCGGCGUGGGGCUGAUUCUCCAUGGAAUGUGGUUCGUUCAAAUGGGGCUCUCGUUUUACACGAACUUGAUCUCCCAUGGGUGUUCUUUGCACGAGAAGAGUAGAGGCAAUUACUCGGUGAAGUGUAAGGGACAUCCUGAGUAUCACAGGGCUAGGUCAAUUGCGACGCUUCAGUUCAAUUGUCAUCUUGCUCUUUUCGUGGUUUUGGUGUCGUUUAUGUACUCUUUAAUCUCCCGGAGAUAUGGAAGCAAUGGUGAGUUUAUGCCGUAUCGGCCGCUCGUCGAGGAAAUGCAGCCAUUCGAGAAUCAGAAUCAAUUCACUUUGGAUUCUGAUGAAGAUGAUGUUGGUGAGGAAGGAAUUAGGGAAGAGCAAAAUGUGGUUUCAAAGCAAAAGGCAAGUAUCGUGGAACAUGGUUUGAAUGGUCAUGCAUCUCAUCAGUGAGUUAUAAUAUUGAACAAUUUUAUUCAUUUUUCAUUUCUAUAGAUGAAUAUGGGAAUUGCCCUUUAUAAUGUUUUAUAGAUUUGGCUUUUAGAUCUAUGCAUACAUUGAGUUGUAAAUUGUAAUUCGGGUUAUAUUGUUCUACAACUUAGCUUGUUUUGUAAUGGGUGCUGUAUUGUUAACUGGUUCAUUGAUGAAAUGUGACUGAUUUGGUUACCGAUAGUUUGUAUUGUAAGAUGUAUGAUUUAUGAAUGCAUAAAUGAUUGCUUGAAAA